AUGCUGAAUUGCACAUCACCAAAUGAAACAAGUCCAAUAAUUAACGAUGAUGACGAUGAAAAUAGUAGUCAAAGUAGCAUAGAAAGUACCAAUGAUGAGCAAGAGCAACUUGUUCAACCGAAAGAAGAGCCGAUUUUGAAUUACUACAAUUCACUAGUACCACCGAAAACAGCAUCGAAUGCAGAAAAUCCAUUUGGAAUUCUUUCCAUGUGUUUACCCUCUUCUUCCUCUUCAUCAUCAUCAUCGCCCUCAAAAAUGGUUCGACCUCAUUCAUUCACGAAUCAUCGAUAUGCUGUUGUUCAGCCGUAUCCCAUUUCUCCUCAUGCCUAUUUUGCUAACAUGGCAAAGUAUACCGAGGCAGCCGCAGCCGCUGUCGUCGCUGAACAACAACGGAAUCAACAAGCAGCUAAACUUGCUGCAGCUGCUGCGGCAGCGGCGGGUGUUAUGGGUAGUGGUGCCAUAUCCACCAAUCACAACAUUGGAAAUAAUCUAGUUUGUGCAGUUUGCGGAGAUAUUUCAAGUGGCAAACACUAUGGUAUAUUAGCAUGUAACGGGUGUAGUGGCUUUUUCAAACGAAGUGUUCGACGAAAAUUAAUCUAUCGAUGUCAAGCGAACACAGGGAUGUGUAUUGUUGAUAAAGCACAUCGUAAUCAGUGUCAAGCUUGUCGACUUAAAAAAUGUCUACAAAUGGGAAUGAUAAAAGAAGGUAAGUGCGCAAGUGUUGAAUUUGAAAGAGACAUACAAUGUAAUUAUAUCUUGUAUUU